CUCGGGCACGGAGGAUAUGACGUUUGUAUUUGUUUGGUUGGAUAUAUACGCUGAAGAGAAGAAUUGAGGUUGGCAGCACGCUUCAUUCGAUAAUGCUGUGAACGAGGGUCUAUUUGGACGUCUAUCCGCAUGGCCACGGUUGGAAACAAGACAGAGAGCGAGCGGGCGCGGCCGCCGUCGCCGCCACCAGCGCGCUCGCGGACAACAUCUGUGCAGCUCGAACUGCUACCCCGGGCGCGGUCUGAGUCUGCGCCGUUUGAGUCGCGGUCGCGGACGAAUUCAGAGAAUCCAGGGAGGUCAGGAGGAGAGGGCGAGCUGCAUCAUCGGUUGCUGGGGCCGUCGUUGCAAAAGUCUGGGCAGGAUGGUGUCGAUCAGGUUGCUGUUAGUGAUAUUAUAUACCAGGCGUCUGCUGGGAGUAAAUAUUUCGAGCACCAGAAGCAGAAAGAGAAAGAGUUGACAAAGAAGGUUGAGGCGAUUCUGAAGCAAGCCGAGAAGGUCAGCAAGCAGGAUUUAGCAGCGGCAAAAGUGCUCGUGGAUGCGUUGGUCAAUAAAUUGGAAUCCACAAGGAUCCUAGACCAAACGAUCGUGCACAUUGACUGCGAUGCGUUCUACGCCAGUGUCGAGGAACUAGAUUUCCCAGAACUGAAAGAGAAGCCGUUCGCGGUCGGCAACGGCGUGCUGUGCACAUGCAACUACGAGGCGCGGAAAUUCGGCGUGAGAUCGGCGAUGGCUGAGUUUGUGGCCCGCAAGAUCUGUCCGCAGCUGAUUGUCUUGCCUCUGAAUUUUCCGAAAUAUAUAGCAAAAUCGAACGCGAUCAAGGCUAUUCUUUCGGAAUAUGACCCGAAUAUCUGCGCAAUGACCUUGGACGAGGCAUAUCUGAACAUCACAGAAUACUGCCAACGAGUUGGCAAAGACAGAGAGCUCGUCGUUCAGGAGAUACGCGAUCGAGUGUAUAGAGAGACACAGUUAACAGUCAGCGCCGGGAUCGGGCCUAACUCGCGAGUGGCGAAGAUAGCGUCGAAUAUGAACAAGCCGAACGGGCAGUUUGUGAUUGCAAACGACAGAGAGAGCGUGAUGGAGUUUAUGCGGACGCUUGAAGUUCGAAAGGUGACCGGUGUGGGAUAUGUACUUGAACGCCAGCUAAACGCAGUCGGCGUGAUCAAGUGCGGUGAUAUAUACGAGAAAGCGCCGUUGCUUCACGAGCUUUUCAGCGACAUCAACCUCUCUUUUCUACUCGACUGCUACCUCGGUCUGGGAUCAACAGUCAUCAAACCGAUCGAGCAAUACGAACGCAAGUCAAUCAGUUGCGAAACCACCUUCCGCGACCUCUCGAGUCCGUCUGAGAUCAAGCAGAAACUGUGGCAGGUGGCCACCGACCUCGAAAAGGACUGCAAGCGUCUGAAUAUCGCGGGCCGCAAGCUUGGACUCAAGAUGAAAAAACACACGUACGAGGCGCUGUCGCGGCAGAGACCGGUGGCGAAACCGAUUAAUUCGGCGGAAGAUCUGUAUAAGUACGGCGUGCAGAUGUUGGAGAAGGAGAUGCCGAUCACGAUCAGGCUGAUUGGGCUGCGACUUACUGAGCUGGUCGAUCUGAGCGUCGAGGGUCCGAUGAAGACGUUUUUGAAGGGGAGUAGGCGGAGUACGCAGGUACUCGCGGAUACUUCUGGCGGGUCAGGUGGCGCGGAGGAGACGGACGCUGCUGCUGAGGAUAUCGAAGAAGAUUUGGGGUUUAUGAUUCACUCGCAGGGGGAUAGCGGUCCCAACUACAGAAGCUGGUCAAAAGCGCAUACGGCCGCCAAUCUACCCUCUGCUCCGACCGAGUCUUCUGCCGGUAGCAGCAGCAGAAAGAGGAGCAGUAGCUCGCAACCGGACUUUUCAUCAGAAGCUCCCACAGAUCCCACCAGCCCACUUACCCCGCCUCCACCUGUCCCCGAUCCCACGCCCACCGACGACAGAAUCAAGGACGAAGGAGGACCGGCGGCGGAGCAAGUGGCUUGUCCGGUGUGCGGGAAUUUAGUCUCGGGGGAGCCUUCGGCGCUGAAUCAGCAUGUAGACUGGUGUUUGUCGCGGGGAGCGAUCUUGGAAGCUGUGCAGGAGACGUAUACGAAGCGGUUAAAGACUGGGUAGCCUUUCUGAUACAUCAAAGUAGACGAUUUGAACUUUUUUUUCAUUAUUUAGAAUAUAUACAAGGUGGGCUUCCAAGUAGAAUGUAUGAUAUGAAAUGAUGGAAAAUAAAGCCACAGAGUGCAACCAAAACCACAGAGUCCCCUAAACAUUCAACAUAAUGAUUCAGCAUCCUCUAGCUCUUUGAAGUGCCAGCUCUCCGCUCGAGCUCCUCAAGCCACAAUUUCUAUAAUCACAAAUUAGUCAGAAGAAAC